AUGGCUGCUGCAAAUUGCACGGUGUUUGCUGAGUUCAUCUUUGUAGGACUUUCUGCAAGACAGGAUACCCAGGAAGGGCUCUUCAUGUUCUUUCUGCUGGUUUAUGGCAUCACCAUGGUUGCCAACCUAGGGAUGAUCCUGCUGAUCAAGGUGGACCCCAGACUCCACACACCCAUGUAUUAUUUCCUGAGCAAUCUGUCUUUCUGUGAUAUCUGCUACUCCUCUUCUGUCUCUCCCAAGAUGCUGGUUGAUUUCUUAUCUGAGCAAAAGAGGAUCCCAUAUAGUUUAUGUGCUGUGCAGAUGUAUUUUUGGGUAGCCUUUGCAGAUGUGGAAUGCCUCAUGCUGGCUGUCAUGGCUUAUGACCGGUAUGUAGCCAUUUGCAACCCACUUCUGUACACAGUCGCCAUGCCCGGGCGGCUCUGCACCCAGUUAGUGGCCAUCAGUUACAUAGCGGGGAUGGUGGACUCUGCAGUCCACACCUGUUUGACAUUUCGCUUGACAUUCUGCAAUUCCAACGUCAUCAAUCACUUCUUCUGUGAUAUCCCACCCUUGCUGGCCCUCUCCACUUCAGAUACGUCGAUCAAUGAGAUUCUGUUGUUUACUUUUGGUAGCUUUAUUCUGGGGUCCAGCAUCAUCACCGUCCUCCUCUCCUACAGCUACAUCAUCGUCACCAUCCUGAGAAUGAACUCGGCGGAGGGGAGACGCAAAGCCUUUUCCACGUGUGCUUCGCACUUGAUGGCCGUGGCUGUGUUUCACGGCACACUGCUGUACAUGUACUUUCGACCCAGCUCGAGUUAUUCCAUGGACACGGACAAAAUGACCUCUGUCUUCUACACAGUCGUCAUCCCCAUGUUAAACCCACUCAUCUACAGCUUAAGGAAUAAGGAUGUGAAGGGUGCCCUGAAGAAACUGCUGCAAAAGUUAGUACUGAAGCUCAGUUCUCACUGA